AUGUUGAAAGAGAAUUGGACAAGGCAGAAAGCGAUCCAGGACGAGUUGAAUGAUCUUGAAUCUGAACUGAAACAUUGGAAUCAGAUGACCUUCGGGCAUAUCACAAGGAAAAAGAAGAAAAUCUUGAAGCGGAUUGCAGGGAUUCAGAGGAGCAACCAACAAAAAAACAAUCCAUACCUAGAUAGAUUAGAGACUGAACUGCAAGAGGAGUUAAAUGAAAUCCUGGGUCAAGAAGAAAUUUUUUGGUUUCAAAAAGCUAGAACCAACUGGCUAAGGGAUGGAGAUAGAAAUACUGCCUUCUAUCACACCAAAACAAAGAUUAGAAGAAGGAGGAAUAGGGUAACUAUGCUCAAAGAUGAGGAUAACAAUUGGGUUGAAGGAAAACAGGAACUAGGAAAUUUGGUGAACAGAUUCUUCCAACAUUUGUUUACUGAAGAGGAAGAAGAAAGGAUCUGGCAUGUAACUACUCACAACUGGACAAAAAUCCGACAGGAGGAGUGGAGGGAUAUGGUGAGAGAGGUUACUAAUGAAGAAAUCCGAAAGUCCAUGUACUCGAUAGGUGCACUCAAAGCCCCAGGAGAGGACGGGUAUCCUGCAGCCUUCUUCCACAAGUAG